UCGCCAUUCGCAUGUCGACGUGCCAGCACAUUUCUUUGAAUUUUUGAAUGUGUUCGUUUUACUUUUGUUAUUGUCCGCAGUUCAGCGCAAUUGUUUCCAUCAAAAUUAGUUACAACGUUAACGCAAUUAACGUCAACAGUAAGAGUGCCCGAACCGAGCCCGAGGCCCUACCCAAAAAUGGAGCAGUGGAAUAAUGUCGAGCUGACGAAUAUGUCAAAAAAGUCAUAUACCCUGAAUCAUGAAUACGAUGCUGCCGCUAAGUUGAACAAGGAGAACACGAAGCCAUCCGCGAAUGGUAAUGGAACGACUGUGCCAGAUAGCAGCAGUGAUCUGCUCCAGCCAGGAUCGGAUGUGAAGCCGAAAGUGGAGCCCGACGAUGUGGAGAGCUUGCUGCGACGCCUCUACGGGAUUACGAUAAGCGAGGUCAAGGAAAUCGUCGCCUACGACGAUCGCAACUUCUUCAUCAAGGAGGAUAGCAACGUCAAAAACCCCCUUAUUGUCUCCCAUUGCCCAAAUGGCUACGUCCUCAAAAUCCUGAACUCGCUGGACUAAAAAGAGGACUUUGUGGAUGCUCAGAAUCAGUUGCUGCUCAGUCUGGCAAAACAGAGUGUCAAGUGUCCCCGGCCAAUAGCCAAUGCCAGUGGCAAGUACUAUUCGGUGGAGCGCCUCAAUGGUAACUCGAAUGUGGUGCGACUCCUGGAAUUCAUUCCAGGAGAGAUCUUUCACCAGGCACUUACGAAGCAUUUGCUAUAUCGCAGCGGCGAGUAUUUGGCCAGAUUAGAUCGAUCUUUGAAAAGCUUCACCCACCAGGCCUACGAAACGCACAAAACGAUGUGGAUGCUGCAGAGUGUACCGGACUUGAGGCAGUUCCUGUAUGCGGUGAAGGACGAGGAGCGCCGACUGAUCUGCGAGGAAGUAAUCGAUGCCUUCGAAGCCAAGGUUCUAAGUCUGCUUCCGACUCUGGAGCACCAGAUCAUCCACGGCGACUUUAACGAACAAAACAUUGUGGUGGAGCAGUCGCCCAACCAAGGUGGCGGAGAGUACACCAUCAAGGGAGUGAUUGAUUUCGGAGACACGAGCAAAUCUCCGCUACUCUUCGAGGUGGGCAUCGCCCUUACCUACAUGAUCCUGCAGGCCAAAGAUCUGGCCAGCGGAGGAGUCUUCCUGGCCGGCUAUACCAGCGGUAUUCCUCUUGGCAGCACCGAACUGGGUCUUCUCAAAUACUGUGUCGCCGCCCUAGUCCAGAGCUUGGUCAUGGGUCUCUACACGCACACCCUACAUCCCAAUAACGACUAUCUGCUGGUUACCCAGGAGCAGGGCUGGACGCUGCUCCAGAAGCUUUGGCGCGAGACCUUGGAGAAUGUGGAUGAGUUGUGGGCCACCACCGGUCACCAGUACUUGACGCAGAGCAAUAAAUAAAAUCAAAAUUCCCGGGCCUGUUUCGAUUUUCUGAAAAAAAAACGCAAUCAAGUUUAAAUGGAUUGCAUUAUUCGUUAGAAAAGUAAUAAGUAUUAUUAAAAGUCCAGUUUUUUUACGAAUGUAAAAGUUCUGUAAAUAAUUAAAUGUGUGUGUGCAGCUACAAAUUUGGUCCACUACAAAAAACCAGAUAACUUUAACAGAAAUUCAAAGAGGCCCUCUUUGGAAAGCUAUUCAAGAACCAAUUGUCAAUUAUAAAUAGAAUAUCAAAAUCAAUCAUAUCUCCUAUUUAGGAUUUGAAGUUAACAUCGAUAUUUGAGACGAAAGUCAAUUUAUAAAUAUAUAUAUUACCGGGGCGAUAUUCUUUGUGUUAUAUCGGACCAAUAUUAUCGAAAAAGACAAAUAAAUUAACAGACAUUUUUCUGAUAUGAUUUAGAAACCAAAAUUUUAACGUUAAAUCCGAUAAAAAUAAAUUAUAUUUUCGAUAUGAUAUUAAGUGCGAUGUAUCAUAUCGUAUUAUUCACUACUCUGCAGAAUAAAAACAGAAACAAAAAGAGUUACAAGUAUUGAUUGCAUUUGUUU